AGAGGGUGAAGUUCAUGUGGCAGUGAGUAAUAGUUGGUGAGUUGGCUAACUCGUUCGUCUCAAUGCACCUUCACAAACUUCCUCGCUCUUCUUCUUCGUUUGGGAACGCGUUCUUUCUCGCAGCUCAUCAUCAUGUUUUUGACUUAAGAGUCUUUGAUAAUCGAUCGUUCCGUACGAAUCAGAAACGUUUCAGAGCGUCCAUUUCGUGUUCUUUUCUGCCUUCUAUUCACCAAUUGAAUGAUGCACGCCUUAUAUAUUCCGUUGCUCCAUCAAUGGGCCACAACCAGGAGUCUCAUCCAGAAUCACAUUUUAGAGUUCCAGCCAUUGUGGAUGCUCUAGAAGAAAUGAAGCUCACUCCAAAGUUCCGUGGCUCUGAGGUAAUUGAACUUCAACAUUUUGAGCCUGCUUCAGUUGAUGAUAUUGCAAGUGUGCAUGCAAGAACCUAUGUUUCUGGGCUUGAAAAGGUUAUGGAUCAAGCUUUGGAGAAGGGCCUCAUUUUCAUUGAUGGUUCUGGACCAACAUAUGCUACUGCAUCUACCUUCCAGGAGUCAAUAAUUGCUGCUGGUGCUGGAUUAGCCUUAAUUGACUCAGUGGUUGCAGGUUCAAAGAUAAAGGGAGAUGCACCCACUGGUUUUGCUUUGAUAAGACCGCCAGGACACCAUGCUGUUCCACAAGGACCUAUGGGCUUCUGCAUUUUUGGAAAUGUAGCCAUUGCAGCCCGUUAUGCUCAGCGUGUUCAUGGACUGAAGUGUGUGUUUAUAAUUGACUUUGAUGUUCAUCAUGGGAAUGGAACAAAUGAUGCUUUCUAUGAUGAUCCAGAUAUAUUCUUCCUUUCAUUUCAUCAAGAUGGAAGCUAUCCAGGUACCGGUAAAUUUGAUGAGGUGGGUAGUGGAGAUGGUGAAGGAACCACUCUAAAUUUGCCUCUUCCCGGAGGCUCAGGGGAUACUGCUAUUAGAACCGUAUUUGAUGAAGUCAUUGUACCAUGUGCUCAAAGAUUUAAACCAGACAUCAUUCUCGUUUCUGCUGGGUAUGACGGCCACGUGUUGGAUCCACUAGCUAAUCUUCAAUAUACAACUGCAACAUAUUACAUGCUAACGUCCAGCAUUAAACAACUAGCGAAAGAUUUAUGUGGGGGCCGAUGUGUGUUUUUUUUGGAGGGAGGAUAUAAUCUCAAGUCUCUUUCAUACUCGGUGGCAGACACAUUCCGUGCUCUUCUUGGCGAUCGAAGCUUGGCAUCUGAGUUUGACGACCCUAACAUUUUGUAUGAAGAACCGUCGACAAAGGUUAAGCAAGCUAUUCAGAGGAUAAAACACAUUCAUUCCCUGUGAUGUCGUAAAUCACAAACUGACAUGACAAGUAUCUAUCUAGUAUUGAAAUUUUCAUUUUUGUGGGUUCCAUCCUUGACCUUUUAGUCUAUACCCCCCUAGGGUGGGCAUCGUCCUACUUAAUCACAUAGAAUAGAAGCAAAGCCAUUGUAGGAUUGGCUAUCAUCUUUGAAUAAUAGCUCUAGUUACAAGAUCCCAUGCAGGCUGCUGCUACAUUGAUCAUGUACAGUCAUCAUACCAAGCCGUAUCUGUAUAUAAAGGGGUAAACUCUUAUUUUUUUAGAGUUUAAUUAGAAUGCAUUGAGAGUAUUGAAAUUCAAAUGGCUUUAUUUUUAUUUCUGAUAAUGUAUUAUUUCUAAU